ACCUAACGCCUAACCUAAAAAUAACUUUUUAGGAUAUUCUGGAAACGGAAGAUAAGAUUUUGCAUUCGAGUCUCCAAAUAUCGGUCCGAACAGUCCAGAAUCGACGCUAGGAUGUCAAGCCCCACUCCAACAACCACAACAACAUUUGGAACAACAACUUCUGAAGUCACAACAGCUGCAGCAACAACAUCUUCUGCAGCCACCACAGCGUCAGAAGCAGCAACAACUGUAGUAACAACAGCAAUUGCAGCAACAACAACUAAAACGGAAAAGACAACUACAGCUGUAAUAACAACGUCCAUCCCGAUUGGUCAAGUGGGCCAACUUAACUUUGCAGUAUUUAAGAGAACUGCCGUGUUGCCUCCCAGCCCUACGCGAUCAGCUCAUCCCGGACGUUCACCAACUAAAUUUCAAUAUGAUCACUUGAUUUGCACCAAACCAAUUAGCUCGAGUUUUGUCAAGCCGAGUUUUUUCACUUUUGAAAGCACCCAGCCUACUCCGAUCUCUUCUGAUCAUUUGUUCACAUUGUCCAGAUUCGGAGGUUUUACUCAACCAGCAAAUACUUCAACGCUUGGAAGCACAACUGGCAAUCCACCAAUUUCACCAAACUUAAGAUCACCCAAAUCGCCGGUUUUUGUUGCGCCAAAGUCACCAGGAUUUUUGGGACAGCAGAACUCAGCAAUCAGCUCGAUUUUUGGUACGAUGCCCAUGGCGGCUAUGGGUGUAAGUGGCACAGGAAACUGGGGAACUGGAUUCGUUAAAUAUCAACCAUCAAUGGGCACGGAUGUUUUCAUGAAGAAUGAACAGGUAACCAGCAUCAACACAAAGCAGUACUGCAUCACCACCAUGAAAGUUUACGAGGGGAAGUCACUGGAGGAGCUUCGGAUGGAGGAUUAUUUGUCCAACAAUAAAGGUCCGCGGGCAGGAGCUGUGGAUGUUCUCUGUCCCAACACUCCUCCGGCAAAAAAUCUCCUUGGAGCGCCGGCUCAGGCACAGCAGGUAAAUGGGAACUUUGGACAGCAGCCAAUCCCAUUUGGGAACACCAACGUGAUGCCGGGAUUUGGGCAACAACGUGCUUUUGGAGCUGGUCAAGCAUCAGCCGGGGGUGUGAUCAAUAAGCCUCCAGCACCUACAAUGACUACUUCGAGCUUUGGCUUUGGCAACACAGCCAACACUCCGCCGACAAAUCUCUUUGUCCCUCCUAAACCUUUUGGGCCUCCGCCGGUCACUGGGAAUGUUUUUGGGGCCGGACAGUCAGCCCAAACGGCUUUUGGAAAUCCUAUUGCGCCACCAGCCUUUGGACAACCAAAUAUUUGUUUUGACCAAGCAAAUGUUCCUCCAGGUCAUCCGUUCUUUGGGUCGUCGCCAAUAAUUCCUGUUUUUGGUCACACUAUCGCUGUCUUUGGAAACCCCGUUCUGGGGCAGAUGAUCCCGAACUACUACACUGAAGCAUUCAGGCCUUACAACAACCCUUUUAAUGCCGAUGGCAACCAGAAUAGAAGUUCCCACGUUGAUGCCAAACUGGAUGCUCUCGCAAACAGUAUGAAUGAACUCAAAAUGAGCUUCGAGAUGAAAAUGAAUUCUCUGGAAAUUAGUGAGCUGAAGAGGAAUAUGCAGCGUCUCGAGGAUGAGAAUAAGAUGCUGAAGAAUGUUGUGGAGAAAACUCAAAUGGAUCUGGGAAAGUUGAAUGAGGAAAUUGCGAAACAACAGAAGAAGCAUUCCCCAAGCAUUGAGAUUCAGGGAGUACCAAAGAGUUACAAGGAGGGCAUAAAUGUGAUAUCAAUUGCAGUUUUGUUGCUCCGUGAAGUACUUGAUGUACCCAUAUUCGAGAGGGAUAUUACAUUUACGAAAAUUCUACAAAGCAGUGAGGAGGAAGAGGAAAAGGGGACCCUUUUGGUGAAUUUCAGGAGUCAAGAGAUGAAAUCACGUGUUAUGACAGCGAAGGAUUCCAAGAUGAAGGAUAAUGGGAAGCUUUGCAUUAAUUUUGAGGGAAAUGAAAUGCAAAUCAACAUAAUAGAUGCAACAGAACAUCAAGAGAUCAAGUCUGGAUCUUCCGAAGCUUCUGCAAGUCCCUAAUUAAAUUAAUUUACAUUUUGUACAAGUUCUUUCGUCAACCAGAAAAUCUUUAAUCUGUAUAUUUUCCAGGAAGGUUUUUUGGAUAAAUGUUCAAUUGAAAAUGUUACUUGAAUUAUUAUUUAAAAAAUAAAUUUCUUAUUUUCAA